AUGUUGCUAUCGCCUUGGAUAUGCUGGCCCUUCAGGGAUGUGACGGCUAGCACGUUCCACAUCGUUCUUGGAUAUAUGCUUCUCAUUUACUUUUGUAUUGGUGCCGAUCCACCCCUCAUUUUAACGACAGACAGUUUUCAAACGCCUCUAUACGACCAGAAUCUUGCGGAAAGUGCCAAUAUUCAUCGCAAUUCCUCAGGUCCAGUAGUGAUAUGGACUCCGUCCCAUUACCUGUCUUCCGAAACAUACCCACUGGCGCGGACACAGCGAGACGUGGCAACAUACUCACCACCUCGAAUUUUACCGGACCUACCCGCUUUGAUUCGAUUUUUCGACCGUACCGGACUGGAAAUUCGGUGCCGAGCAGCUGGAAAUCCCCCACCGAUUAUUCGGUGGUUCUCUCUCCCGAGCUCUGUUGGAGCAAGAUCGGCACCUGGCACUUCGCAAAAUUCAGCAGCUCAGGGGAGAAACGCACCUGUAAAUCGUUCGCUUCAGUUAAACGACGACUCCUCAGAACUCGGAUUCAGCGGUUAUUUGGACGAAACAUUCCAAGCGGAUCAGGUGGUUCCGGUGGAGAUCCGACCGUCAGCCGCACAUCGCCCCUUCGAACCUGAAGAGAUCUCAUACACAUCAGACAAAACGAAAUCCAACGAGAUCGUUGUUGGUGACGGAUGGCUCAAUUUCACUGCAGCCAAGUCAUCCACAAUGCGCGCCGUCUUCUUUUGUCAAGCGGAGAAUUAUCUCGGUCGAGUCAGGUCCCGUAAGAUGGUGGUACACCAAGUCCCUAUGCCAGACGAAAAUUUACGCAUUAUCUAUACGACAUUCCCAAUUGAACCCUCUCAAAAGGCUGUCGUCAGCUGUCAUCCUGAACAGGGAAUUUUUAAUCGCUUCCUCAAGGUCAACUAUUGGGAGGUGUACCUCAACGGCACACUGACCUUUACGGUAGAUCGAUCUUUUGGACGCUUCAGCAUGAUCAACGUGACGAAACAUCCAGAGUUACACAUACGAUCGGUUACUGAGGACGAACUUGCUGGCCUCGAAGUCCGUUGCAUCCUCCAAUCCAUCGUGGACGAGUCUGUUAAAGUGGAUCGCCCCGAACGCGGAAGAUUACAGCGUCUCCAAUUCGGGUUCUCUUACACUGAAUUGCGCAGCGUAGGGGCGGAGGUCAACGUGCUUCGUGGUUCCACUGUGGAACUGCCAUGGGCUGUAGAAGGGGAAGCACCGGUUGGUGUGGAUUGGUUCUAUCUGAACGACGCAAGCCGUACGCGUCACGCAAUUGCUUUGGGUUCGACAACCGCAGAAUUAGAUACCACCGUCAACACAGCGACCUCGCUGGAUCGCGUGACCACGGCUGUCGGUCGGAAGGCUCGCUUUUUGCCAUGGGGUACAGAAUACGAACUUGUCGAUGGUCCGUACAGCAAUCUACGGUUAAUCAACUUGUCUGUGGCUGAUUCCGGUCACUAUGUUGCCGAAUCAACAAACGCCGCUCGGGUGCUGCGGGUCAAAUACGUAGUUCGUGUUCGUGCUUCCUUAGGCGUCAAAUUAACUCCAACUCAACGCACUGUGGAUUGGGGUAGUCGAGUUGAACUCACAUGCGAAAUUGUCGGCCAUCCUCGUCAGUUGGUGUAUUGGCUACACAAUGCACACGUGAUCCCUCGUAGACAUCAUCUGAGAACAGUGAGUUCCCCAUCCUCGGAUCAAUCUCUCGGUGAGACUCGUGGACUCCCCGAAACCGUGUCCGAACGUCUAAUCAUCGAAGCAUUUACCUUAGAGGACGUGGGUGUGUACCAGUGUAUCGCUGAGAAUGGCCACUCAGCUGAGCGAUUGGCGCUUGGUGUCAGCAGUCCGGGUGUAACCUAUGAUAAACCGGUGGCAACGGCUCGGAAGGCUGGCUCAACUGAGGACGAGCCGCUGGACAGUAACAUCACGCCAUCAUCACCCACUCUGACUGCUAGCGCGGAAGGAGUUGGGGACUUGAUCGACAAUGCUCAAGCCACCGCGCUGCUGAUGAUGGGAAAAAUGCGACCGUCUCUGAGUUGGCAGCACCCAACGGUCGAAGCUGGCUCACGGGCAGCCCAAGUGCUUCUCUCUAUACAUUCAGGAGUGACCGAUGUGACACUAGAAUGUCGGUUUGCGGCCAAUCCUGUCCCCAACAUUGUUUGGUACCGUGAUGAUCAACCUGUGCCGCUGGAUCUGUCCGGCGUCAUUUCUCCCGAGGUGUUUGCAGACAACACGACGGCAUACACCACAGUCACUCGACUUACUGUGGAUAUCCGAAGGGUUACCGAUCUGAACGACCUGUGGACCUUCGGUGGAGAGUAUUGUGCCGUUGCCAAGAAUCCAUAUGGCCAAGCGGAUUGCCGGACAUAUCUGCUGCUGGAAACCGCUCUCCGAUUGCGUCCCAUAUCGAUGCAGAAACCUGCAAUCGCCGGCCGCGCCUACACCCUCAAGUGCUACUUCAUUGGGAACGGAAUCCCCACGCUCCAAUGGCAUCGCAUAAAGAGUGGACGGGACGUGCAGCGCAUACCGGUGGAUCAUCGUCACCAGUUGCUCGAAGACGGUCGAGUGUUACGAAUCACCGAGGUGAAUCAAGAGGAGGAUGAGGCCGAUUAUCGUUGCACCGCUGUGCUUGGAGAUCGCACAGCUAACAUGACCGUGACUUUGAAAGUUUCACAUGCGCCUCGCCUUUUUGAGCUUCCGCAGACCCGGCAGGUGAAGUACACGCGCGAUAUGCUAUCUUAUAGCUGUGCUCUACAGAAUCGAGCGGACAAACCGUGGUAUGCAUGGUGGGAGUUUCAACGUGAGGGCACCAACGCAAUCGUCCCACUCCCACCGUUUAAAAAGAACACUUACAACGGAUUCUCAGUCUCGUAUGUGGACGAUAUGACAUCGCGGACGGAAGAUUCUCCUUGGCGCCUUCCGGAUAGUUUACGGGACAAAGUCCCCUCGUUUGUGCAUGCUGAACCGAACGCCGCAGUCCACGUGACAGUGAAUAAACUUAGUAAGGAGCUGCACCAUGGCAACCUCACGUGCGUUGUACUGAACGAGGUCGGGGAGGAUCGGCAGUCAAUUCGGGUCACAUUCAUUCCCGAACUCGAAUUCGCCAUACGGCCACCGAACAACCAAGAUGUGACUCUGGGGCAGACAAUCGCGAUAGAUUGUGCCGCGAAACCAUCGGAUCUGGACCCCGUCGUGGAUUGGAAGUACUUGCAAAAGACCACGAACAAACAUGUCAGUGUUUCGGAGUUGUCCGAGGCCACGAAUGGACGCAUCAAGCAACUGGCCAACGGCACACUGCUCUUGUCCAGCGUAGAUGAGUCGGAUCCACGAGAAUUCUUGUGUUUUCUCAAACCUGGCCGGCUAUCCACCGCAGCGCAACGAAGUUCUGCUGUCAACUUGGAAGUUCAUGUACCCGCGCGUAUCGAUCCGUUGGAUCACGUGGAGAAAGUUCGUGGCUCGCGGUUCAACCUCACAUGCAGUGUGCACGGGGAUCCGGAUGAUUUGCAAGCCGCUUGGUACUAUCGUCCCACGUCACUGUGGAAAUGGCAGCUCAUCGAUAAGCCGUGCGUCGUCCCCACUGUGUUUUUGAACGAAGCUGCACUACGCGUCGAUGGCACCAUGAACCCGGCCAAGUUUGAUGCCUCGGCGACCUUGAGUUCUUCAGGGGAUUCCAGCAUCAAUCCCUCCCAUUCGACCGAUCAUGUGUCUAGCCUGGUGGAUUGCCAGAGUUAUGCAGUGGAGGGGUUGGAAUCGGGAGUAUUGUUUCGACAAGCUUCAUUUUUUAAAUCAAACAAGCGUGGUUUGGAUAAACAGUUGCAAUUUUUCAGUGUCAAGGAAGCGCACAUGGGCGAAUAUUUGUGCCGUGCAUCGAACAAGUACAAUCGAGAUGCAUUUGGCACGCGAACAGAGGUUGAAGAGUUUGUUCGUCUAACGGUGAUUUCUGUUCCCGGCCCAGUGAAUAUCGUGUACAACAGCUCGCAGACCACUGCGACCACUGUCUCCUUUUCCUGGUUACCACCGUCUCAAACCGGCAACAAGCCGAUCCGCAAAUAUCGCAUACGUUAUUCCCACUCGGAACCGAGUCCAACGGAGUCAAGCAUGGGACACAAGCAACAGCCCAAUACCACGGAUAUCGAGGUAGACGCGACUGCCCGUCGCAUCGACCUGAAGGAUCUGCGACCAUACACCAUGUAUCGUAUCACCGUAGUGGCUAUAAACGAUGUCGGACCGAGUGAGGAGAGCGUCUUGCCACUGACUACUCAGGAAGCGAAGCCCAGUGGCCCCGUACGCCAGCUGACUGCCAACGGGACCGCCUCGGACACGAUUGUGGUCAACUGGGAGAACCCUGCCCCGGAGCACUCAAAUGGGAAUGUGGAUCGAUAUUGGAUUUGCAGACAACGCAUUAAUGGCAGUCUCUCCUCGCCCGAGUUGGCCCAGCUGCCUUGGCCUGAUGAGUCAGCAGAUCACAUGACCAACACUCUCCCUUACCGCAGUGCCAGCACAGUGCGUGGCCGUUAUGGUUCCAUCAAUUGUGCCAAAGUGUUUCGCCAGCGAGAUUACGAAGUCACUGGUUUGCCAAAGUUCACCGCAUACGCUUUCCGAGUGAUUGCAAUGAACAGUAAAGGAGCUUCGCCACCAGCUUUCGUCCAAGCGAGGACAUUGGAAGACCUGCCUCAAGCGCCUCCAUCGGAUGUCACCUGCGCUUCGCAACAACACAGCAUCACUGUCUCCUGGAAUCCACCUGAUCCGGAUACCAUAAAUGGUAUUUUGACUGAAUACCAUGUGAACUACUUCACCGCAAACGUGUAUGGAGACGAGACUAGCUCAAUCAAUCAGGCAGUCAAAGGACAAACUACCGUGACUCUAGCAGGGUUGCUGGCCUACACAAAUUACACCAUACAGGUUGCGGUUAGCAAUCGUAAGGGCAGAGGUCCGGCGUCUCCACGGAUAAUCUGUUUGACCAAAGAAGCUCCACCAGUGGCGCCUGAUCAGAUAAAAGCAAGAACUGUCAAUGACUCCUGUGUUGUCAUUUCCUGGUCACAUCCGCGCAAACCACAAGGUAUGACAAGAGAAUAUUGCCUGGAGGCGGUUCCUUUGAUGAAUGGUCCUCGUGACGGAUUCAUCGAUUUCCUGAACACGCCCUACACGGACAAAACCAGAGGGAGUCAUUGCGUUCGCCCAGAUUUCUCCACCUCUUACAACCAUUACGUCUAUUGUGGUCUAGUGGACCAAAGAGCAUACAACGUCUCAGUUAGAGCCAUCAACCAGUUUGAAGGUCACAAGGCUUGGACCGGACCCAUUCGACCAUCGGCCAACCCGCCCUUGAGUAUUAUCUCAAUUGGCGAAAAAAUCACGGCUCAGAACAGAAUGCGUGUCACUAUGGAUUGUUUGGUAAUCGCUGGAUAUCAACCCCAAUGGACUUAUCCACGAAAUGACCUAGAAAAUAUCCACGUUUUUGACAACGGCACGUUGCUAAUCGAAAGCGUUCGGCUCAAUCACGGUGGCAAAUACACAUGUUCUGUUGAGUCGGAUUCAAUCAACUACGAGUUGCUUGUUCAAGAAAUCUCCGAAGACCCUCCUCGCAAACCGAUUUGGCACAAAUUUACCCCCAGCCUUCGUGGUAUCCAAGCUGAAUGGCUUUCACCGGGCUCCAAGCGGUUGGAUGCUCCAAUUCUUUGGUUCUACCUUAACUGGACCAAUCUGUACACGGGAAGCCAACAAACGGUUCAACUGCCUGCCAAUCAACGUACCUACUACUUAUCCAAUCUAACCUGUGCCACCACGGUUCGAUUUCAGUUACGGGCUGCGAACAAGGUUGGAAACAGCUCACUGACGGAUGUCACGUCGUGGACAACCUUGGGAUCGGCCCCACAGGCUGCAAACGCCGCUCAAUUGGUCCCUAGUGAAUUACGUCAUCAGACUUCGGUCACGUUUAAUUUAUCCAGUUUCCUUCCUGGUGCUGGUUGUCAACCGUUGGAAUAUCGUUUGCUAAUUGCUCCGGCGGAAGACGGCCACUUCGGCCUGAAGCAGGCAGUGAUUAACCAGACUUUGACCAGAGCUGAUCUGAUAACUUUGGAGGGGGCUCAUCGAGAACGGUGCUGUUACAACGUGACUCAGUUGAACGCCGGCGCCCACUACCACUAUAAAGUGGUAGCCACGAAUGCUGCUGGUUCAGCCAGCGUUCAGGGACAAUUCUGGACUCUGACUGUGUUCGGACGUGAACCGGUGCUUCGUCAGACUCAUAUUCUGGGCCAACCUGAACUGUUCCAACAGCCAACCGUCAUUGUGCCCAUCGCAGCUUUGUUCGCCAUCAUCCUGGUCGUGUUGAUUGCACUGCCAUUCUUUUGUCGGCAUCGUCGACUGGAAGAAAGUCUUCGCACCGGCAAAGAGGUGACACAGUGCCGCAAUGACCUGCGUUCAGGCACGGAUGGAGUUGAUCAGUACCAGCAACAUGAGCAGCAUCAGCGUCUAUUGAACCUCCCGUAUCAUCCAUACAGGACGACAGAUCGAUCCGGCCGAUCAACUCUACCGCCGGUGCCUGGACAGCCACUAAAUUCGCAAGCCAGUACGAUCAUUGUGCCUAGUAGGAGCAACCAGAAAAAGAGUGGAGGAGUUGCUGGAUGGUUUGCAGGCACGCGUGCUCGUUUGUACGAUCGAGGCCGGACCGCUUCUAGACCAGAACCUCCGGCCCAAUCGCAUACAAGAGUCGAGGAGGACCGUUUGUCGACAAAUUCCAUCGACAGUGAGGGCAACAUAAACCCGUAUGCAACGUACGCGGCCAGUGGCUUCCCAGAGCUGACGGGGACAAUGGGCACAACUGGUGGUGUUAGCAACAAACCGCCUAAUGAUGCUUGUGUUGGUGUGAGCGUCAGUGGAGCUUGCAUUGAUCCGAGAACACUAGGAAUGUCUUACGGUCACCCUCAGAGAGCAGUGAUGGACUCACGCAUGGGGACAUCUUGGAAUACCGCAUAUAAUAGAAACCUCCGCGGACCACCUGAUUCACUUAUCACUCCUUCUGGCCACCACUACCAUUAUCCGAAUUUGGAGAUGCCAAUCGCAAACUCUACGGUUGGUCGACCCAGGCUAGUCAGGGUUGGAUCUGCUAAUCGACUGCACACGCUGCCCGGCUUCAUAGAUCCCAGACUCCUGACUCCUUCCACGGCAGCGUUGAUUGACCCAAUGAUGGCGCCGUACGACAACAGCACAUUGGGCGGCGACCUCGACGAUGACACCAGUCGUAUCUCAGUCAUCGGGCCAAUGCACGUUGGGCUGCAGCGACGGGUCAACUCCUUCGAGUCUCUGCACCGCAUACCACGUGGACUUUCACAGACUUAUCACCGGGGAUUCGCAGUUCAACUCCCAGGACGUUCGCUCAUGCCGGCAACUGUUCUUGGUCCUGACGGUACCCUCAUUCCGGUGGCUGGGCCAAUGGGCACUAUCGUCUCGUUCUACGAUUCGACGAAGCACAUCGACCCAGCCGUUGCGUAUCGCGGGAGUGUGAUGUCCAGUACCACCGCUUCGUCUAAUCAAGACGAACUCAUGCAGGCCUAUGAGUACGGGAGGAAACACCAGUCCCGUGUUGGUGGCCCUGCAGGUAUAAAUGUUGCUGCUACGGGAACCGGUUUCGGAUCCCGAUUACCAAUCGCUUCGGAACGCACCCCAACCGUGAUGCAUCCUGGUGUUACUCUAGGAGGCGAUGCGAGCGGCGGAUCCGGCUCCAGUGAUGCCACUGACUCAGGUAUUCGACAGUUCACACAACAACCUCCUCAGCCAGAUGAAGCACGCUUGGCUGCUUGUGAAGUUCCAGCCAUGUAUGACUGUAAUCGGUUUGUCCCGCAUCGUUCGAGGCCACCGGCCAAAAUUAAAUUUCCCCUCAGUCUUGCCACCGCCGAUCAUCGACUUGCCCCAACGCUCCAGCAAACGGAGACGAAUUGUCAUCCAGAAAUGAGGGACACAUAUUCCUCGGUCGAUUACAACGGAGUCCCUUACGGCGCUCCUGGAGCAUCCUCUCGUUCUGCGAUGGGGCAGAGGAACAACUUGCCCCAACGAGCCAUUUACGGUGCGGGUGCGUUGAGUGGGCCCACUUCGACUCGCACUCGCCAACCCCUUCCUGCUCUACCCUCACCUUCGACGUUGGCCUACUCUGAGGACCUGUCUUCGAAUUACGCUCCAACCUACGGUAAUUCCCCACAGGGUCUGUGCAAUUCCUCCGCUGGAACGCAUCCAGCACUCCUUAAAGCCUGUGCCCCAAUGCCGAACACAGGCCGUCUUCCUUUGAGUGCAACUCAACUCCCACGACAAGGUACCGGACUCGGGCUCUGUCGGAGUGGACUGCCUUCUAACAUGGCAGUAGCGUCGGAACACGGUGGCCUCGGUCGCGGUAAUCGUCCCCAGCGAGGUCUUGCGUCGGGUGUCGCCGCCGCCGCUGUCUACGGCACAGACUCGUCCAAUCCAACCCACAAUAACCGCCUGCAUGAACCCUCAGAGACUUCAGAAGAGAAUGUGUACACAUCGGAAUUUGUGCUU